AUGUGCAGAGAGACGGAAGGGGAGGGCAGGCAGCGCCUCGUUGGGAGGGGCUCGCGGCAGCGCGGGCUGUUCGCUCAUUUCCUGAGGGGUGGGGGUCCGAUCGGUGCUCGGAGGGGGAGAGAGAAGGGCGGGCUUGCUCUUGCCGGCGAGAGACGCCCCCCCCCCCAAUACUCCCCACGGAAGAGUCUCGAGCUCUCAGCUGCGGAGGAGGCGCCGCGAUCAUCAUUUGGAACAGGUAAAAAAGACGGAGGAAACGCGCAGCAGCAGGAGUUAAAGGGGGGCUGCCUGGCUGGGUAGGGCGGGCGACACUAGGGCUCUGCUCUCUCUCUCCGUGCAUAGGGAUUUCCGACUAGGGAGACGCAAGGUGCGGGGGCGGGGGGCAAUUUGCUUUUUGUACAUGCUUCCCCCACCCCGGGCACAGCGUGGGAGCAGAACCCAGGAGUCCCGAUCCUCGCCUCCCUCUCUCCCUGCAACGCCCCCCUUGCCCCACUCCAGGCACGGUGUAGGAGGAGAACCCAGGAGUCCGGGUCCUCGCCUCCCUCUCUCCCUGCAACGCCCCCCUUGCCCCACUCCAGGCACGGUGUAGGAGGAGAACCCAGGAGUCCGGGUCCUCACCUCCCUCUCUCCCUUCCUCCCUGCAACGCCCCCCUUGCCCCACUCCAGGUGUUAGGAUAUCUGAACCUAAGGGGUCCGGAUCCAGUCACCUCGUGCCCUCGCCGUGAGCGUGAAGGAGUCAAGCAAACACCAGGGUGGGUUUCACAGAGAAAAAGGUUUAUUGCAGAAUCUGCGCAGAGACAGCCAGCGGAAUAGCUUCCAAAGACUGGCCGCCCCCCCUAUUGUCUUGCGAGCAUUCUUAUACUGAAGCUGCAAGCUUGGCUCCCCAGUUGCUCCCCAAUCAACAGGCAGAGAUACACUUUAUUACCUUAUUAGGCUAGCUAAGCCCCCCCUUCCCUUUGCAGAUAUUUGCAGAUAUUAUUUGCUUUGCAUUAUAAAUGUUUGCAUCUUUAGCUCAGCUAAGGCAGGAAGCUAGACAGGAAAGUUUGCAUGUUCACCACAACUGAAGCAGGAAGCCAGACAGGAAAACCACUGCCGGUCUGCAUAGCUAGCCUGCAUAGCUGAAGCAAUUGUUAGCUGGAGCGCUAAUACACGGUGGAGUUUACCCCCCCCUCUCCCCUCUCCCUUCACAGGCACGGUGUAGGAGGAGAAGCCAGGAGUCCGGGUCCUCACCUCCCUCUCUCCCUUCCUCCCUGCAACGCCCCCCUUGCCCCACUCCAGGCACUGCGUGGGAGGAGAAGCCGGGAGUCCGGAUCCUCGCCUCCCUCCCUACAACGCCACCCUUGCCUAGAGCUGGUUCCCAGCCUCGUGGAGACGGAGGGGAGGAGGGGAGGCACAGGCGCCGCUGCCUUUUAACCCAAACAGCAGUCCCGCCCCCUUGCUUCCCUCCCACAGCUGGGGAGGGCGGAGGGAACCCAGGCGUCCUGGCGUCUCCCUCCCUCGGCUUUAACCUAUCCAUCCCUUUUUCAAGAGAGAAAGCUCAGGAGUCCUGCUGAGACCUCUUGCACGCCCCCUCCAUUCCUUCCAGCCUCGGGUCCUCCUUCCUCCGACUGGGGUUGGGAGGCAAUCCCGAGACCCUCCCCAUUUUGGAGCCCGGCCAUUUCACCUUUCACUUUCCUUUCUGACUUCCGAGCCGCUGCAACUGUUGGUUUCUGCUUUCCUUCACUGUGCAGCUCUGCUUGUCACGAGACGGUGUUUACAUUCCACAGUCUGUACUGUUGGAGUUUCUCACGGGAAAGGGAGACUGGAUGUGACGUACACUGGUUUCCUGUUUUUCACUGUGUGAUUCUCUCCGAGCUGUUGAGGAGAGAGGAUGCAUUUUUCUGCUCCUGCAGAGGCAAGAUGUCUUUCUGUAAUAUACCAGCUUUGAACUGUAAAUAAAAGCAAUAUAGAGUAUGUAGCACGUAUUGCUCAUCCUUCCGCUGGGCACCAGAGACUCUGCUUUAAAUCAACACGUGGUUAUGGGCUCCAGAGGUCGAAUCGGAGUGCCGGCAAAGGAUCGGAAUGCAGAGGGACGGAUCGGAAAGGAAUCUGCUCUGCGCGUAGAAGUGAUUGAUGAGGUAUGUGCUACUGCUCCGGGCAGCCUGCCAGCUUCAAGUUAAUGGCUUUAUGGCUGGACUUUGAACUUUUAAAGCCGGUUUUGCCGGGAAUAGGCAAAGGCUCCCAGGCACAAGUCACUAUGCUGGGGAAAUCGAAAGUAACUUUUAAGUGUGCCUUUGUAAUGAAGCAGCUGCAGCAGUGACGCAGCAAGAUUUAAAGCAGCAUAUAAUGACGCUGAAGGCUAAUGCCAGAGUCAUGAUGGCCCUUCAGGAUGCUUGUGGGAUUCCUAAGCUCAACAAGAAAAAUUACAGCGACUGGGUUCAGUAUGCAGAGGCAAUUCUGCGGAAAGAGGGUUUGUUUGAGGUGAUUACAGGAACCCCCAGUUCCAGUUACAGAUGCAUGGGAAGCUAAGGAUUCCAAAGCAAGGGGAACUCUUACAUUGAUAGUAUCCCCAGAAGAGCUCUGUCUAUUGCGUGAUAAGACCUCAGCCAGAGAAAUUUGGGACGCUCUGAGAGAGGCUCACUUAAGGACAGAAGCUGGAUCCACUAUGUUUUAUUUUAACAAGCUGCAUAAUAUGGCUCUUGCUGAAGGUGGAGAUGUACGUUUACAUCUGAUGCAGAUGCAAAAUCUGAGACAUGAGCUGCAACAGAGAGGACUCAACUUUCCAGAGGCUGUGUAUUCUUUCAUGAUACUACAAUCUUUGGGUUCAGGUUGGGAGUCUGUUGCAACCCAGAUUGCUGUGCAACCAACUGCUCAGCUGACAGUGGACUUUGUUACUGCCGUGAUUUUAAAUGAAGCAGAUCGCCGGGGUGCUAGCUGCAUGGGCAAGGGGGGAGUCUUCACAGACGUCAUCCCAUAGUGCAGUGGAACCACCAGAUGGCGCCAAAGCUUUGAAGGCAGUGAAAUGCGACUCGUGUGGACGUCUAGGCCAUAUGAAGAGGGAAUGCAGACAUCCCAGGGCCAAGACAGAGCAGCGCAGCGAAAGCUCAUCGCGCGGAAAGGCCGAGGCAAAGGCAAAGGUCCGGUGUCUAGGACAACGCAGCACAAGGCUAUGGUUUCACGCUUCACUCCAAAGGUUGCAGAGGUCCAGAAGACGUCUAGAUCUUUCUUCGUAAUUGAUUCAGCGGCCACCCACCACAUGUGCAACGAUAAGAAACUGUUUGUGUCUUUUACACCGCAGGAAGGUGCGAUUCACCAGGCGGAUGACCACACUAUUCCCAGUAAAGGCUACGGAACUGUUGUUCUUCAAAGUUUGGACUUAUCGAUACAGAAUGUGCUUUACGUGCCAGACGCCAAACAUAAUCUGCUCAGCGUUGGACAGCUGAAUGAGCGGAACAUUGACGUUUCCUUCAAGAACAAGAAGUGCAUCAUCACAAAGAAAAAUGAUUAUGUAUUGCAUGCAGAAUAUGUUGAGCGUUUGUUUGUUUUGUAUUAUGAUGAUGUGGUGCAGGAUGACACUUGUUGCAUUGCAGGUUCUAACAAAAGUUUGCAUGCAGAAUGUAUUCACGAUUUUCAUCGAAAAUUUGGUCAUUUGCAUUUUGAGGCAGUAUCUAAAAUGCCUGCCUUGGUUGAAGGUAUGACUAUUAAACCCUGCAGGUACCACAUGAAGUGCAAAGCAUGCGCAGCAAACAAGGUGAAAAUGGCUGCGAAAGGUAAGGUGUCUAGUAGGAAAGCUACAGAACCAUACCAGGUUGUUCAUGCUGAUUUGGUUGGACCACUUACGCCCUCUUUGGGUGGAAAUAGAUACUUCAUGGUUCUCAUUGAUGCAUUUUCUAGAUAUAUUUUUGUGUACAAUCUCAAGCAGAAAUCAGAGGCUUUUCCUAGGUUCAAGGAAUUCUGUGCUUGGUUGGAAAAUGUGCAUGGUAAGAAGAUAAAGACUCUUUUCAGUGAUCGCGGGGGGGAAUUCACUUCUCAGCAGUUUGAAGCUUUUCUGACUGAGAAAGGAAUUCAACACGAUUUGUCUAGUCCUCGCUCGCCAUGGCAGAAUGGACUUGCGGAACGGGCAAAUCAAACAUUGCUUCAAGGAUUAAAAACCUUGCUGCAUGAUGCCAAUCUUCCAGAGAGUUAUUGGGCCGAAUCUCUCUCGUGUUUUGUUUACAGUUACAAUCGCAGGCUAUCUUCAGCGAUUGGGUGUACCUCUAUGAGAAGAUGUUUGGCAAGAAGCCAUACAUCAAACACAUGAAGAUUUUUGGUUCUGACAUGUGGGUUCGCUCACCACAAAACUCCAAGUUAGACAAGCGUGGAUUGCAUGGUAUCUUUCUAGGUUAUCAGAAAGGGUCUUACAGAAUAAUGAUGACUGACUCUAAGACAAUUAAGCUCACGAGAAGUGUUGAGUACAAUGCAAAGUGGGGGGGAGAAUGUGGGAAUUUUCCAAUGUUAUCCUGAUGACAGUGAUGAGACUGAGGAUAGUCAAAAGCAACCACAACAGCCCACACCCACUGAUGAAAGUUCUGAGUCUGAAUCUGAAACUGAAUCGGGUGAUUCAGAGGAUUUCGAGAGUGCGAAAGCCUCUAUGCGACCCUCUGGAAGCUCUGAUCAAGAAUUGGAGGAACCAUUGUUCACAAUAGGUCGUUUUUCUCCUAAGAAGGAAGAGGAGAGUGUUGAAGACUUAAGGCUAAUUCGUAGGUCACAGAGAGCCACAAAAGGCAAACCUCCAAAGAGAUUUGCUGAUGAGUUUGCUAAGAUAGCAGUAACAGCUGUUAAAAGCUCCAAGAAGGUAUUUGAACCUUCAAGUUUCCAAGAAAUCCAGGGUUUGGAUUCAAAGGAAGCUAAGCCAUGGUUAAAUGCCAUGAAGGCUGAGCUUGAUUCCUUAGAAAGGAACAAAACAUGGGAGCUAGUUCCAGUAGUUCCAGGAAUGAAACUGCUUGGAAGCAAAUGGGUCUUCAAAGCGAAGACAGAUCAAAAUGGCAAGAUAGUCAGACACAAAGCCAGAUUGGUAGCCAGAGGUUUUGCACAGGUACCAGGUGAAGACUAUCACGAGACCUAUUCACCCACAGUGAGAUAUGAAAGCAUUAGGCUUAUACUCAAGCUAGCUGCAGAGGAAAAUCUACACAUUAGUCACCAUGAUAUUAAUACAGCUUUUCUGUACGGAUCUCUAGAUGAAUCACUUUAUAUGCUUCCACCUGAUGGCGUACAGGUAAAACAGGGAUUUGUUUGUGCUCGAAGAAAUCCCUUUAUGGUCUCAAACAAAGUGCACGGUGUUGGCACACAAAACUCACUGAAGUAUUGUUUUCUCUAGGUUUUCAGCAAGGGAAAGCUGAUCCAUGUGUAUUUGUCAAAGAGGAGGGGCAAAAGAAACUGUACUGUUUGUUUUAUGUUGAUGAUUUAUUAUUCUUUUGGAAAGAUGUUGCAAUGUACAAUAGCGCCCUAGCUCAACUGAAAGAGCACUUUGACAUGAAAGAUCUUGGUGAGGUAAACAACUACCUAUCUCUGGAAAUAGAGAGAGAUCAAGAUGGUAACAUUCUAGUACACCAGUCACGGAAAAUUGCUGAUGUGUUAAGCAAACUAAAUCUGAUGGAUGCUAACCCUGUAGACACACCGAUGACAACAGGUUAUCAGGUAGAUGACACUGAAGAAGCAUUUUCUGACACUACACUGUACAGGAGUGUGCUAGGCAAGCUAAACUUCCUUGCCAGAUGUUCAAGACCAGACAUUGCUGUUAGCUGUAAUUUGCUAAGCAGACAAGUCAACAACCCUAGUGUCAAGGAUUGGAAAGCUCUGAAACGCAUAGCGCGGUAUUUGAAAGGCACUAUGCAUUACAGACUGAGAUUUAACAAUCAGAAGUCUGGUGGUCUUGAGAUAUUUGCAGAUGCAAGUUUUGGAAGUGACGCUACAGACAGGAAAAGUACGUCUGGAGUUUGCUACAUGUACAAUCAGAGUCUGUUUGAUUGGUCAUGCAAGAAGCAAACAACAGUUAGCUUAAGUACUUGUGAAGCCGAACUGAAUGCACUGUCUUAUUCACUUAAAGAUUGUGAAUGGAUUAGUACAAUUGUGCAAAGAUGUGAAAAUUCCUGUCAAAUGUCCAAUCCAGGUUUACCAGGACAACAAAGCAUGUUUGGCUUUGCUGAAGUCUGAAGGUUGUAAGCAAAGCACAAAGCACUUGCAAUUAAAGUUGCAGCAUGCUAGGGAAUGUAUUCAGAAGGGACUCGUAACGGUGUCCUAUAUGCCAGGUAAUGAAAUUCCUGCUGAUGUAUUGUCCAAGAUUGUAUCAAGGGAUCAACACUGUACCUAUGUGCAGAAGUUGGGUUUGUACUGAUAUUGUACGAACACGCUGCCCAGUGAUGUUCACAGAAAGGGGGAGGAUGUUAGUUUCUGCUUUCCUUCACUGUGCAGCUCUGCUUGUCACGAGACGGUGUUUACAUUCCACAGUCUGUACUGUUGGAGUUUCUCACGGGAAAGGGAGACUGGAUGUGACGUACACUGGUUUCCUGUUUUUCACUGUGUGAUUCUCUCCGAGCUGUUGAGGAGAGAGGAUGCAUUUUUCUGCUCCUGCAGAGGCAAGAUGUCUUUCUGUAAUAUACCAGCUUUGAACUGUAAAUAAAAGCAAUAUAGAGUAUGUAGCACGUAUUGCUCAUCCUUCCGCUGGGCACCAGAGACUCUGCUUUAAAUCAACAGCAACAGCCUCCCAAUAAGGGGGAGUUUUACUCACUUGCCGACUGCGAUGACACUGGGAGAGGAUCCCGGCUGAAAUCCUGGAGCUGCCAGUCCGUGUAGACAAUAUUGAGCUUGAUGGUCUGCCUGAGUAGAAAGCAGUUUCCUGCGUUCCUUUGGUGUGUGUGUAAAUUUGUUUACAGUAUUUGGUUUUCAGACCAAACUUUUACAAUCACAUAUCCAAUAUACAAUAUACAAACAAGAUUCCAAAGAAUCUCCUGGACUUUCCUCCUCCCCUUUGUGAAUCUUACUGUUAAUAAUUUCCUCCUGUAUCUUUUAUGAUAAUCCAAAUCUUUUACGUCUCCAUUAUGUCCAAAAAUCACCAUUAAACUACAAGUGUUAUUCCAAUCCUACUUACGGUUUUAACUGUUUACAAUCGUUUUUAAGAUAAAUUAUAAAUUUCCCCCAUCCCUUAUUAAAAUUUUGGUCUUCCUGAUUUCUGACUCUUUGGGUCAUUUUAGCCAUUUUGGCAUAAUCCAUCAACUUGAUUUGCCAUUCUUCUCUGCUAGGGACUUUAUCUUCUUUCCAUUUCUGGGCCAAUAACAUCCACACAUCUGUGGUUGCAUACAUAGUCUUUUCUGCUCCCUUGGGAUUUCAGCUCCUAAGAUUCCUAAAAGAAAGGCUCCAAGUUUUUUAGAAAAAGUUAUUUAAAACAUUUUUUCCCAACUCAUUAUAUAUCAUUUCCCAAAAUUCUUUUACUACCUUACAUUUCCACCACAUAUGAUAAAAAGUGCCUUCUUUUUCCUUACAUUUCCAACAUACAUUUGACCCUGUUUUAUACAUUUUUGCUAAAAAAAAUUGCUAAUUUACUGGGAGUUAAAUACCAACAGACGAUGAGCAGUAGGCCUGCUCCUCUUUUAACAGCAAAUGGAAUUGGAGCUAUUAGCGGGUCUCAUAAUACUUUUCUUCCUGUGAGAAGUUUUGCGGUUCCUACAGAUCAGACUCUUGGGGGAAGGCUUUAGACUUGCACGCAGCCAAGAAGGCAGACCUUCCUCUGUUCUUCUGCAAACAGUUUCCUGACUUUGACAGUUGAUGACACAGCCCAGGUUCCAGGUUCUUUGCUUCUGCAGACGGAGCAGGCUGCUCAGUGAUACAGAUCUCCUCUUCCUAAUCUGCUCCUUGCAUUUGGUGUGUGCCCCGUGCCUUCCCUGUUUCAUUUGAUCGGGCAAAUGUUCUACAACCCUCAAAGCUUAAGUCCCAAACUGGUUGCGUUGAUGCUGAAACUAACCACGGGACAGGAUUCCAUCCCAUAUCAGUUGCCGUGUAAAUAGUGCGCCUGUGUAAAUGCCUGUGAUUUCCUGCCAUUUUGGAGCUGGAGUGACCACGGAAAGCCCUUUACACAUCAUUAUAAACUGGAAGCUUUUAUUUUUAUGCUGUGAUUCCUACAUUGCAGGGGGUUGGACUAGAUGAGCCUUGGAGUACCUUCCAACUAUACGAUUCUAUGAUUCUAUGAAUAAAAACUACAUUCAUACCGAGGGCCUUCUCGGUAGUGGCGCCCGCCCUGUGGAACGCCCUCCCAUCAGAUGUCAAGGAAAUAAACAACUACAGUAUCUGACUUUUAGAAGACACCCGAAGGCAGUCUUGUUUAGGGAAGUUUUUAAUGUUUGAUGUUUUACUGUGCUUUUAAUAUUCUUUUGGGAGCCGCCCAGAGUGGCUGGGGAAACCCAGCCAGAUGGGCGGGGUAUAAAUAAUAAAUUGCCGUAUUUUCUGUGUAUAAGAUGACUCCUAUUUUUUGAGCCCAAAAUUAAAUAAUUGCAACAUUCCGUGUAUAAGACGACUCCCAGUUUUAAACUUUAAAAAAUUGGGAGAAAAUAUAGUCUGAUACAUGGAAAAAUACAUCAUCAUCAACAUCAUUAUUUUGCAGUGGAAGUCAGACUGGAAAACCAAUUUAGUUUUCAACCAGAAGUACCAACAAAUGCAAUGAUAUUGUGUGUUUCUAGUCUCUUUCUAUUUCUGUAGUGGCAGGUGACUUUUCUGUUUGAGUCCUCUUCUCUUCUGUCUAAGGGUGAAAUGUUUAAGUACCCCCCUCCCACACACAUACCUAUGUUUUUUAACCAUAUAACAUUUACUUUUUCCACCUCUCAGCUGCCUGGCUUCCUUCAAACUCGCCACUGUCAGGAGAUGGCUGUUCAAACACCAAACAUAAACUGAGGCUCCAGAACGUGGGAUAA